UUGUCCCCUAAAUUUCCCCUACGCUCUCACUAAAACAACUCUCUCUUCUUUGUUUUCCAAUAGUUCGUAACAAUGGCGGUCUCACUUCAAGCUGCAGCUACCCUGAUGCAACCAAUCAAGGUUGCUGCACCAUCAAGGACCAAUGUGCUGCUCAGGUCCUCCCAGAGCGUUUCUAAGGCCUUCGGUUUGGAGCCUGUUGGUGCUAGGCUCACCUGCUCUUUGCAAACUGACCUCAAGGACUUGGCUCAGAAGUGUGUUGAUGCUACCAAGCUCGCUGGUUUCGCUCUUGCUACAUCUGCUCUUGUUGUCUCGGGAGCAAGCGCUGAAGGAGUUCCAAAGCGGCUAACCUACGAUGAAAUCCAAAGCAAGACAUACAUGGAAGUCAAAGGAACAGGAACUGCUAACCAGUGCCCAACUAUCGAUGGUGGUGUCGACUCUUUUGCCUUCAAGCCUGGCAAAUACUACGCCAAGAAGUUCUGCUUGGAGCCCACUUCCUUCACUGUCAAGGCUGAGGGUGUUAACAAGAAUGCCCCUCCUGAGUUCCAAAACACCAAGCUCAUGACCCGUUUAACCUACACCCUUGACGAAAUCGAGGGCCCUUUCGAGGUAUCCACCGAUGGCACCGUCAAAUUCGAGGAGAAAGAUGGGAUUGAUUAUGCUGCCGUCACAGUUCAGCUUCCUGGUGGUGAGCGUGUGCCUUUCCUGUUCACCAUCAAGCAAUUGGUUGCAUCAGGCAAACCUGAUAGCUUUGGAGGAGACUUCCUUGUACCAUCCUACCGUGGCUCAUCUUUCUUGGACCCAAAGGGAAGGGGUGGCUCAACCGGUUACGAUAAUGCAGUGGCCUUGCCUGCUGGAGGAAGAGGGGAUGAGGAAGAGCUAGCCAAGGAGAACAACAAGAGUGCUGCAUCUUCAUCAGGGAAAAUCACCUUGAGCGUCACAAAGAGCAAGCCGGAGACCGGUGAAGUUAUCGGUGUGUUCGAGAGCCUUCAGCCAUCUGACACUGACUUGGGUGCCAAGACUCCAAAGGAUGUCAAGAUCACUGGUGUCUGGUAUGCUCAGCUUGAUUCAUAAACAAGUCUUGUAUGAAUUUGUUUAUUCUCGGCUGAGGUUUUGUAAUUUUUAAACAAGUGUUGCUAAACUUUGCAGUAAUCCACUGAGAAACCCUUCUCUUCUUUGUAUGUUACUAUGUUGGCUUCUUAUAAUAAUUUUCUAAGCUUCUACUACAAA